UGGCCCCCCAUCAUCCUCUAUUCCUCUUCCUCACUUUCUCUUUCUCUAAUCUUCAUCACUCAAAUCACUUUCUCCCUCUACAGUGUUUACCAGAGCUUCUGCUCUCUCCCUCUAAUGGCAGACCUCAUGCCCUAAGGAAAAAAAGCUACCCACUCUCUCUCUGUCUAUCUCUCUAUGCUUCACAAGAUGAAACCCUUCUCUCCCGCCAACCCUCAUCGCUCUUUCUUCCUCUUGUUCUCCCUAGCUCUUCUCUCCCUCCAACCUCCUCCCUCAUCCUCUGCUUCUUCAGCUUUCAUAGACGAAACCCGCCAGCUUCUCGCCUUCAAGAAUUCCCUUCCUGACCCCUCCCUUCUCCCCAGCUGGCUCCCUAAUCACAGUCCCUGUUCCUUCAUUCAUGUUUCCUGCCGGGAUACCCUCGUUUCUUCCGUAGACCUCAGCCGGGUCCCCUUGAACACUAAUUUCAGCCUUGUCUCUACCUAUCUACUCUCCCUCGACCACCUGCAAGUCCUUAAUCUGCAAGCCACCAAUCUUUCCGGCGCCAUUUCUUUCUCGGCCGGCUCCAGGUGUGGCAACUCACUGAGCUCCUUAGAUCUAUCUCAGAACAGUUUGUCUGGCCCGGUUUCGUCCUUGAACUACCUGUCCUCUUGUUCGGCCCUGAAAGCUGUCAACCUUUCAGGUAACCUCCUAGAAUUUUCUGGCAGAGAUUCAACCGGGUUGAGGCUCAGUCUCCAGGUUCUCGAUCUCUCUUACAACAAUAAGAUGUCGGGUCCCAACGUUCUCCCAUGGAUCUUAUCACAGGGCUGCGACGACAUGAAGCUCUUGUCUCUAAAGGGCAACAAAAUCACUGGGGAAACAAACUUUUCGACUUGCAAAGCUUUGCAGCAUCUGGACCUUUCCUCUAACAAUUUCUCCCUCGCUGUUCCUUCUUUGGGUGAGUGUCUGGCUUUAGAGUACCUCGACAUCUCUGCAAACAAGUUUUACGGUGACAUUGGUCGCGCCCUGUCCAGUUGCAAGCAGCUCACCUUCUUGAACAUCUCAAGCAACCAGUUCUCCGGUCCUGUUCCUUCGCUUCCAUCUGGUUCUCUGCAGUACUUACAUCUCGCCGACAACCAUUUUCGGGGACAGAUUCCUGCUGGCCUUUCUGACUUGUGCCCCACCCUGGUAGUACUCGAUCUUUCCUUAAACAACCUUUCCGGUGUUCUUCCAACCGAUUUCAGGGCUUGCUCUUCAUUAGAAACCUUUGAUAUAUCCAACAACAAGUUCACCGGUGAACUUCCGAUUGAUUUUUUCGCAGAAUUGAGUGGCUUGAAGAGGCUGGUUCUUUCCUUCAAUGACUUCACCGGUACCCUGCCUCAUACUCUGUCUCAGUUCUCGACGUUGGAGUCGUUGGAUCUGAGCUCCAAUAACCUCAGUGGUUCAGUUCCUGGAGGGCUCUGUGACGAUCCGAGGAAUAAUUUGAAAGAAUUAUACCUGCAGAAUAAUUUGUUGACAGGUUCUAUUCCACCCGCACUCAGCAACUGUUCCCAGCUUGUGGCUUUGGAUUUGAGUUUCAACUACUUGACGGGGACUAUCCCUUCCAGCUUUGGGUCCCUUUCAAAACUCAAAGAUUUGAUUCUUUGGCUGAACCGGCUCCAUGGAGAAAUACCCCAAGAGCUUAAGCACAUUAAGACUCUAGAGAAUUUGAUUCUGGACUUCAAUGAGCUAUCUGGGACCAUUCCUUCUGGCUUAAGCAACUGCACCAGCAUGAAUUGGUUGUCCUUGUCUAAUAACAGGUUGAGUGGGGAGAUUCCGGCAUGGAUUGGUCAGCUUUCGAAUCUUGCGAUCUUGAAAUUGAGUAAUAACUCCUUCUCUGGGAGGAUUCCGCCGGAGCUUGGGGAUUGUCAAAGAUUGAUAUGGUUGGAUCUGAAUACAAAUUAUCUGAGUGGAUCAAUUCCUCCUGAGUUGUUUAAGCAGUCGGGCAAAAUUGAAGUUAAUUUCAUCAGUCGAAAGACAUAUGUGUACAUCAAGACCGACGGUAGUAAGCAGUGCCAUGGAGCAGGAAAUUUGCUAGAGUUUGCUGGCAUUAGUCUGGAGCAGAUGGGCAGAAUUUCAACCAGGAGCCCUUGCAAUUUCACUAGCUUCACUCGAGUUUAUAAUGGUAAGGCCCGUCCCAAAUUUAGUAGUGGUUCUAUGAUUUUUUUGGACAUUUCGCAUAAUAUGUUGUCGGGUACUCUACCCAAGGAGAUGGGGAGUAUGAACACUUUGUUUAUUCUGAACUUGGGAUACAACAAUUUAUCCGGGAACAUCCCACCGGAAUUCGGAGACAUGAAAAAUCUCAACAUUCUUGACCUCUCCAACAAUCGGCUUGAAGGACAGAUUCCUCAAUCGCUGACAGGCAUGUCCAUGCUCACGGAAAUUGAUAUGUCAAACAACAAUCUCUCAGGAUUGAUUCCUGAAUCUGGUCAAUUUGAUACCUUUCCAGCUGCCAAAUUUGCAAAUAAUUCUGGUCUCUGUGGUGUCCCUCUUGCUUUAUGUGGAUCAGACUCGAGAUCAAGUGCAGAUGCCCGGCAUCAGAGGUCUAACCAGAGACGGGCAUCUCUGGUGAGGAGUGUGUCCAUUGGAUUGCUGUUCGCACUCUUUUGCAUCCUUGGUCUAAUUAUAAUCGCCUUCGAGUCAAGAAAGAGAAGGAAGAAGAAGGAGGCUGCCCUGGACGUCUACAUCGACAGCAGGUCUCACUCAGGUACAGCUAAUGCUGGUUGGAAGGUGAGUGCCCGUGAAGCCCUUAGCAUAAAUCUUGCAACUUUCGAGAAGCCCCUUCGGAAGCUUACUUUUGCCGACCUCCUUGAAGCCACAAAUGGUUUCCACAAUGACAGUCUUAUUGGUAAAGGUGGUUUUGGAGAUGUAUAUAAGGCUCAGUUGAAAGAUGGAAGUGUUGUGGCGAUUAAGAAACUGAUUCAUAUCAGCGGACAAGGGGACAGGGAAUUCACCGCUGAAAUGGAAACCAUCGGGAAAAUUAAGCAUCGGAACCUUGUUCCCCUUCUCGGAUACUGCAAAGUUGGAGAAGAAAGACUCUUGGUUUAUGAGUACAUGAAAUAUGGAAGCCUAGAGGAUGUUUUGCAUGAUCAGAAGAAAGCCGGGAUAAAGCUGAACUGGGCAGCCAGGAGGAAGAUUGCAAUUGGAGCUGCCAGGGGAUUGGCUUUUCUUCACCACAAUUGCAAUCCUCAUAUAAUUCACAGAGACAUGAAAUCAAGCAAUGUGUUGCUUGAUGGGAAUCUGGAAGCCAGAGUCUCCGAUUUUGGAAUGGCUAGGCUCAUGAGUGCUAUGGACACCCAUUUAAGUGUCAGCACACUAGCAGGCACCCCGGGUUAUGUUCCUCCUGAAUACUACCAGAGCUUUAGGUGCUCUACUAAAGGUGAUGUUUAUAGUUACGGUGUAGUUUUAUUGGAGCUGCUGACAGGGAAACGACCCACGGAUUCAUCAGACUUUGGUGAUAACAAUCUUGUGGGAUGGGUUAAACAGCAUGCUAAAUUAAAAAUAAGUGAUGUUUUUGACCCAGAGCUCAUGAAAGAGGAUCCGAGUCUUGAGAUUGAACUUUUACAACACUUAAGAGUUGCCUGUGCUUGUCUUGAUGAUCGACCUCUGCGGCGCCCAACAAUGAUUCAAGUGAUGGCGAUGUUCAAGGAAAUCCAAGCAGGAUCUGGGAUGGAUUCCCAGUCUACCAUCACGAGCGAGGAUGGUGGAUUUGGCGCCAUGGAAAUGGUAGAUAUGAGCAUAAAAGAGAUCCCUGAAUUAAGCAGCAAGCAGUAGGCAAGAAUUCUUUGGGGAGAAGGACGAAAGAAGCAGUAGCUGAUGACAUCAGCUACCCCCCCCCCCCCCCCCAAAAAAAAUUUCCUUCUUGAUCAGUUCCCAUUAUUUCGGAAAAGAGGAAAUGAGUAAAAGUGGGAAUUGCCUGUGUUUGUACCAUUUGAUGUAAGUAAUAUUGUUGUUUUAUACAUAAUCAGUGGCUCAAACUGAGAUAAAUUCUUAUUUUAUAUAAACACGAACAGCUCCCGUUGUUUCCUUGC